CAUAGUUUGGUAAUAAACUCUAUGAGUUGUAGCAAGCAAAAUAAAGCCACAUCAGAAAACUAUUUUUUAAUAUUUAGCGCAUUUUAUUGAGGAUUUUUUUCUUCAAAUUUAAAUAUUGUUUUUAUUACUGAUGCAAACCGCUAAAGUUUCACAGAUAUCUAAUGCUAAGGGAAUAUGCGUGAAAUUCCUCAAUUGUCAGGUUGAUCUUUUACUACUCUCAUGGACAACGAAAGCAUGAAUGAAAUCAGUUACCGCAGGGCAGGUUGCGCGAGUUCAACUGAUAAGUGCAAAGUGAUUAUUGGGUUUUACCCGUUUUACCACGUUAAGUUUAUAAGUUCAUAGUGGCCGGGAAAACCUACCUACUUUAAAAAAGAAUACCAUUUGCUUCUGACUAAACAAGUAACGUGAUUGUGCUUUUUAACAUAAUGCAGGAAAGAGUCCUUAUCGCUGCUGUGAUAACAGUACUCGCAGUAGUUAAUGUCCUGGCCGCAGACGAGGCGACGGCCGAUAAUACAUCUAAACUGAAGAUAACAGAAAAAAUCUAUUCGAAUAUCUUUGUGCGCAAACGGGAAGAACACAAACUGGCAGUGCAGCAUCUCCUGUCCACUGAGAAGUACUCCAAAAAAUACGACUUACUGAAACUUUCUUUAAAACAGAUUAUGGAGAUCAUCGAAAAAGACGGCACAGUACUACGGCAGAAUACAUUUAUAGCCGGUUCAAAGUUUCCUACAGAUACGAAAGUAAUAGAGUCGCUUGCUCGUUUCAUAGAAAAUACCUGCUUGGUAGCGGAACUCAUUCUUCAUCUGCCGGAUAUGUCGUACAGAAUCCUCAAGCCCAUCGAGAACUGGCGUGACCGCUUGAUCGAAGCUCAACUAUUUACCCGCAGCUUCGUAAAUAUACUCGAUCAGAAAUCAUUGCGGCUGCUAUACCUGCUGGAGCAAGAAAUUGAUGAAAAUAAGCGAUCUCGCGAUUACGUGAAUCCCUACAAACAGAGCGCCAAGAAAACGGAGAAAAAAGAGAAGGUGAAGCACAAGAAAGUACUCAAGAAAGGGCCUCAACUCUCCGACGGACCACACAAAAUUGAACUCUAAAAGCAAAGUAUGUGUUUCAUACAUAUAUUUCAUUGAAAAGCUUUAUAUUAAAUAAGUAA